CACACGAAAACUGUGUACUUAAUUUUUAAUAAGGCCUUUAAAGGUCUCGUGCAUUCUGGGACCUCGAAAAAUAAUGCCGAUUGUAUAAAAACACGCGCAUUUCUAACAAACGAUAUCAGUUCCCAGCUACAACACUUCGGUAAAGCAACAGAACACUUAAAACCUAUAAACCAUGUCUCGUUUUAUCCAAGUCCUGCUCGUCGCUUGUUUGGCCGUCGCACUCUGUUCUGCGGAAGCGCCACGCUACCGCAACCGUAAUGGACGUCUCCAACUCUCAAAACAACGUAGCCGUUUCUUGGCCCGCCAAGAAGCCGCUGAGGCUGAAGAGGCUGCAGUGACACCAUACCCAUCCAAAAAUGAACUCAUACCAGAAAUACCAUUCGAUGAAUCCGCCGCCGCUGCAACUCCGGAAGCACCUGUCGAACCAGAAGUUCCCGCUGCUGCAUCCGAAGACGAUAUCAAUGUUUCUCUGAGUGUCGACCUGCCCGCUGAACAGGCUCCAACUGAAGAAGAAGAGGCUACCGCUGAUGAUGCCGAGGGCGAACAUGAACCCGAUCUUAUUUAUGGCCCACCAGAGGCUGAGGAUGUGCCAGAAGUGAAUGAAAUUACACCCGAGGAAGAGAUCGAAGCCACCAUUGCUGAGGAGGAGGAAGCACAGGCAGCCGCUGAAGAAGAAAUCCAAUCCGAACGUUUGAUCUUCGGCCGUCGCAUUAACGCACGCAAAUCUGCACGUCCAGCCAAAUUGCGUGCUCCAGCUCGCACUCGCACCAACGCCGUGAAAUCUGCCAGAAUUGUUAAAGCCAAGGUAUUGACCAAAGGUCGUCCAGCUCGCCUUCAACAAUUGCCGCAAGCACAACAAUUCUUUGUACCCCAGCAAUUUUCUGCCCAACAACAGCAACAGCCCGUCUUCUACUACUCCGCCGCACAACUUCAACAAUGGUAAAAUGUGAUAAAAAGACGAAAAAGAUUCCAAAGCCGAUUCUCUUAUGGGAUCAGGUUGGGUCCAUGUUGUAUAGAAAAUUGUUAACAAUAAGAUUAAGUUAGCGGAUAAGAUGAGAUGUAAAUAUUGUUAAAGA